CGUGCUACCGUUUCCACCAUGUCCACCUGCGGGAAUGCUUCCCAGUCCUGUUGCUUGCUUGCGUGACUAGGGUCUCGUUUUCUCAGGUUGUUGCUCAUCAUUAUUUCUCUGUAGAUGCUAAGGCAAGGGCCGUAGGAGGGGACGAGUGGUGACUAUGGCAGACGGGAGAUCAUUUGGCAGGAGACUGUCUGAGGGUUCAGAGUUCCCUGCUCAGAUGGAGGCCAGGAUAGGUAUAGAGUCCUCUCGACAUUCCGUCCUGCACCAUGAGCGGGUCACUCUCGUGGUGGACGGCACCCACUUUGUUGUGGAUCCAGCUUUAUUCACUGCCCACCCGGACACCAUGCUAGGAAGGAUGUUUGGUCCUGCCCGUCAGCAUAACUUCACUCGACCUAAUGCGAAGGGAGAAUAUGAGAUGGUAGAGGGCAUUAAUGCAAGCAUUUUCCAUGUAAUCCUGGACUACUACCGGGGGGGCAUCCUGCAGUGUCCAGAGGGGGUGUCUGUGGCAGAGCUGCGGGAGGCCUGUGACUACCUCUGCAUCAACUUCGACUACAACACUGUGAGAUGUCGCGACCUCAGUGCUCUUCUCCAUGAGCUGUCCAAUGACGGUGCCCGUAGGCAGUUUGAGAGCUACCUGGAGGAGCUGGUGGUUCCAGCCAUGGUGUCCAGUGCGCAGGAGGGGGAGAGAGAGUGCCACAUCGUGGUGCUCUUAGACGACGACACUGUGGACUGGGACCAUGACAACCCGCCACCCAUGGGCGAGGAGUACUCUCAGAUCAUAUACAGCACCAAACUGUACCGCUUCUUCAAGUACAUCGAGAACAGAGACGUGGCCAAAGCCCUACUGAAGGAGCGAGGACUGAAGAACAUACGCAUCGGCAUCGAAGGGUACCCCACAUGCAAGGAGAAGGUGAAGCGGCGUCCAGGCGGCAGGUCAGAGGUCAUCUACAACUACGUGCAGCGGCCGUUCAUCCACAUGUCCUGGGAGAAGGAGGAGGGCAAGAGCCGCCACGUGGACUUCCAGUGCGUGCGCAGCAAGAGCGUGCCCAACCUCAUGGCCGCCAUGGGCGAGGGCCCGACGCGCCCCGGAGCCACGCCCACUCCACAGGUGGACGAACUGGACCGUCUGAACGGACCCUCUCCUCAGCCCACGGCUGUGUUCAUGCCCAGCAAUGAGAGCCGAGAUGUUUGAAGAGGACAUGUGUGUGUGUGUGUGUGUGUGUGUGUGUGUGUGUGUGUGUGUCUGUGCUUUUUUAAAGGAGGAAACUGUAUUCCACAGUCAUCGUUACUUGAUAGUAUGUGUAUGCACAGAUGAAGCAUUUUGAAGUGACAUUAAUGGAUGUAUGAAAUUUCAUUUUCACCAUAUGAAAAGGUCAUCGACAUGCAGUUCAUGCGGACGUUUUACGAGUUAAGAGACUCAUCGUAAAAAAAAAAACUACUUUAGAUGAGACUUAAGAAGUGGGGGGAUGUGACGUCUUGGUGCUUCGGCCACUUUUUCUUCUGAGCGCCCCCUAGUGUCAAGCCUGAGCUCAUGAGGGAAGAAUA